AUGGCCGACACGGCACAUUCAACAGCGCUGCCGGUGUUGGGCGAGGAGAGGCGCGGCAGUAACGGUCGCCUCGCCACCAUCGCGGCUCCGGUAUCCGCGGAUGGCUCCAUGGACCACGUGGCGCUCUACCGUCAGUUCUGCGCGGAGGAAGGCUGCAAGGUGAACUCGGCGGUUCUCCGCUACAUGCAAGACCGCGGCGGCCACUUCAGCCUCGAGCGGCUGAACCUGAGCAGCAACUACCUCGGCUCCAAGGGGCUGCGGCCAGUGAUCCGGAUGAUUGACCUGUGCCAAACCAUCGUAUCCAUCAACCUCGAGAAUAACGGAAUCAACAACGACGCCGUUAUGGACCUCUGCGAGGUGCUUCAGCGCCACGUCAGCAUCACCGCGCUCAACCUAAGCAACAACCCCAUCUCCGUUGCAGGGGGGAAGCGGCUGCUGCAGCUUGUCGAGGAUAAACCCCGCAUCACCGAGUUGCUUCUCAACGGGACCGACAUCUUCGAAGGGUCGCAGAACCGCAUCCGCAUGGCCCUGAAGCGCAACUCCGCUACCCAGCUAGGCGCUGGACCGCGCAUGGAGGUGAACAAGGAGGUGGCGAGCCCUGCCGCCCUGGCCAGGGCCGCACGGUGUCAGCCGCCGUCGCCCCCUGCGCGCCGGCGCAGUGGCCCCGCGACGGCCAAAACCCUGCCUGCCUUGACGCCGCCCAAAGCCACGUUGCAGGCGAUUCAUCACCCCCGCAGCGCCGACAGGGCAGCCGCAGACGGCACCUCUGCAGGGGCAGCGUCGACAUUCAGUGGUGCAGUGUCGCACCGUAGUCCUGUGAAUGGGGCGUCAAGUUCUUGCAACGGCUUCUCGUACAGUGCUACGUCCGCCGCGGCAUCGGAGACGUCGCCGCGGUACACGUGGCAUGAGGCCACGCUCGGAAGACCACAUCCUCGCCCGCCGCCCCCCGCGGUGGCCUCGCAGGAGCACAAGAGUUUAUCCCUGAGCAAGGUCAAGGACCUCAAGACGCUCUUCGCCGAGCGGGCGCGGCUGCUCACGGAGAUCAACCGGGGGGAGGCCAGCCGGCGCGCUUAUGCGGUGCGCCAAGAGCUGCUGGCGCUCGAGCGUCAUGGCCGACCCACCGAGGACACUGCCAGCGGUGCGCAGCCCCGCACGUACCCCGGCGCUGCGACAACAAGCAUUCCCCUGCCAGACCCGCUGACCAACGUGGACGAGGAGGGCAGUACCACUGCCAACAUCAUCGGCGGCGGCGGCGAGAACGCCUCCGUCGACACUUCCGCCGCGCCACACAUCGCCGUGUCUAGUGGCGAAGAAACAACGGCAGCGCCGCAGUGCAGUGACAACGCCAACGCAACGUCCCCACCCUCCUCCCCGGCAGGUGCAAAGGCGUGCAUCACUGACACCCCGGCACCGGCCACGGUGGUGGGGGCGCAGUCUGCUGGGGCGGUCCUCGGGGACAGGACUGCCGUGGCUAUCCCGGAGGAGCGGCCCCAGGCUCACACCAUCGACGAUGUGUUGGCUCUGACUCGCAUGAAGCUCCUGACCACGGAGGAGCAGUUCACGGUGCUGUUCGACCAGGGUUGUCGCGAGUACAUGAAUCGAAACUUGGAUGCCGCGUACAUGGCGUGGAGCGAAGCGAUGCGGAUGGCGGUGCGUGAGGGACAGCGGGAGUGGAUGGCGGUGGUGGCGAGCAACCUGCAGCGGCUCAGCUACGAGCUCCUCGUCGAGGAGGGCGCCUCGUACCUCGAGCACGGUGAGCUGGACAAGGCGCUUGAGACGUUCAAGCUCUCCUACGAAGUGGCCACGAAGGCGAAGAACGCAGCCUGGGAGCGGGACAUGCGCACGGCGCUGCAGAAUGUGCAGAAGGCGCUCUUCCACCGCUGCCACGAGGCGGCCCUGCUCCUUUUCCGCCGCGCUCAGGAGGACAUGAGUGGCGGCGUCGCAGCUACGACGGUGACGGAGGACGACUAUUUUCUGAUCCCCGGCACGGAGGAGAUGGUGCGCCACACCGCCGCCUUCGUGCGAGAGUGGUCGUGUCUGCUGCUGCUGAAGGAGGCGGUCGGCAUGUGGGCGGAGGCGACUCGGGUCACAGCGCGGCUCAGCGAGGCGGCGGCCGCCCCGUUGAAGGAGUGUGUGAAGGAUGCCGUGUCGCUCGUCGCCGCCUUCAUUGCGGAGCACCACUUCAACGCGACGUCGCCGACGGGCCUGACGUGGUUCGGCACGGACGCCUACCUCUACCACGAGUGCAUCCUCCUCAGCGAGUUGUGGUGCGACCUCAUCGCGUACAGCGAGCAGAACUUGCAUCACGGGCUGCUGAGCGCCAUCUGCGCCGCCCAGCUGGGUGAGCUGUACGUCGCCACCUUCCAGCUUCCGCAGGCCCUGGUCCAACUGAACAAGCUGGUCACCUACGGUCGAACCCAGCGAUCCGCUGUGCUUGAGGCGGCGGGCCUGACACUGUGCGGUCGUGUGCAUCUUCAGCGGGCCGACUACGCACUGGCGGAGGCGGCCCUCGAAGAGGCCCUGCGACUCUGGACGGCGCUGCAGAGCGAUCCAGCGCCGAAGAUGCUGGUUGACAGUCGCGACGCCGGAGUGUGGCAUCGCUACGACGUGGCCCUGAUGGGCGCCUCUUCGGUGACAGCAGACGAGUCCGCCGCCGUAUCCGCACAGGCGACGGCGGUUCAGGAAGGUGCGGCGAGCGCGCCUGCCAAAGCGGCGGUUGCCGUCCCGGACAGGCUUGAGAUGAGAGGCACUACUGGCCACGACAACAGCAGCAGCACCCGCUUUCGCAUCGAGACGCAUCUCCCGACGGACGCGGUCGCCGUCCUCGCCAACAUGUGCCGGCACUACAAGGUAUGCCUGCUGCUGCACACGUACCGCUACAGCGCCGCCCUAGAGGCGCUGGAGAACAGCCUCAACGAGGCCUAUAGCGACACCCUGCGCGAGAAGCUGAGGCACAACUUUCACCUCAGUCCGUCUCUCGAUGAGAUCGCCGCAAUCGCCGGCGUGCUCAAGACAUCACUGGUCUUUUACACCCUGACCACCAAGUACGACUGGGUCGUCAAGGAGAGCGCCUACGCAGCGGAGGACUCGCUGUGCAUCUGGGUGGUUUCCGAGUCCCGGGAGAUGCGCUUUGUGGCGGUGAACUUGGCCAGGGACUUCAAGUGCACCCUAAGGGGCCUCAUAGCCUCGCUGCGGCAGCGGCUCUGCAUCGAGCCGGAGAUGGCGGUGCAGCCGGACAUUAUCACGGAGCUGCCGAGUCGCUCCUGGCAGGAGCCGCUGCGGACGCUCUACCAGGCGUGCAUCUACCCCAUCAUCGGCUACGUGCGUGCGCUAGACUCGCAUCUGCUGCUCGGUGACGGCAUCAUCACCGUGGUGCCAACUGGGCAGCUGUGGCUGGUGCCCUUCCACGCGCUGCUGAACGUCAAGGCCGGCGACCGGUAUUUCGUCGAGGAAGCUGCCGUCCAGAUGGCCUUUUCCGCUACGCAAGCCGCCCUCGCCGCCCUCAGCGCGGAGCGGGUGCAGCAGCAGGACCUGCACCGCGAGGUAGUAACGGUGCAGCGCGACGCCGAACACGGCGCGGCCGACGCUCUCUUCUACACGCCCUUCCCGUCCGACACGGACAGGUCGGAGCAGGAAGGCGCAGCGGUUGUCGAGAUGCUGAAUGCGGGACAGGUGCAACUGGUGGAGAAGCCCCGCCGACACUCCGCCCCUGAGAAGGUUAUCUUCACCCGCAAGGUAGAACUCGUGGAGGACGUGGAGUCGCUGCGGACAGCUCUGCCGCGCGCCCGCGCCGUGCACAUCGCCACAGCUACAACCGCAGCAGCUCCGCUCUCGCGGGCGAGCCCGAUCGACAAGACUGCCUCGCGGCCAGAGGACGAAGGAGGUUUACUGAUGCGCACUGCCGCCCCGAUGGGGGACGUUGGCGUGAUGCGGGCGGCCGAGAUUGCGCAUAUGGAGCUGGCGGCGGAGCACGUGAUCUUGACGAACACGAACAUGUCGCCGCAGCACACGGACGGCAUCCGCGACGACGUGCUCGGGCUGCUGCGCGGCUUUUUCGGCAGCGGUGUGCCGUGUGUGAUUGCGGGGCAGUGGUGCACGCCAGACAUGAAGCCGAUGGAGCUCUUUCGGUAUUUCUACGCGCAGCGGUGCCGCCCGCUGCCAACGUCGCCGGCCAACUUGUCUGCUCAUACGGACAUCGCCUCCAGAGGCAGCGUGAGCGCCAGCAACGAGCAGUCCUCCAGGGCUGCACAGCCGCAGCUCGUCGCCGGAGAGGAGGAGCCGAAGGAGAAAGGGGAAAUGGUGCGCCAUCGUGCGUUGCUGCUCGCCCGCUCUAUCCGCCACCUUCUCACUGAUGAGCCGGCGAUGCGCUACCGGCCACGUGUGUGGGCGGGCUACUACUGCAUUGGCAGCGGGUGGUAG